AUGUUUUCAUUUGGUGCAUCGACAAAUACGACUACGGCAAGUGCUAGUCCAUUUACAUUCGGCAGUAGUUCGACAACGACUGCUCCUACCACUACAGCUUCUGCAAGUCCAUUUUCAUUUGGUUCCAGCAGUACGACAGGUUCAUCUACAAGUGCACCAUUUGGUGGUGGUACAACUGGAACAUUCGGAUUUGGUGCAGCACCAGCUCCAGCAACAACAGCUUCUACUGGUACUACAUCAAAUAUGUUCUCAUUCGGUUCAGCAGGUGCAGUUCCUACUACUCAAGCAUCUUCCUAUACAUUUGGAUCAACUCCUGCAACUUCAACAGCUCAGCCUUCUACAUUUACAUUUGGAUCAACAGCUACAGCAGCACCUACCACACAACCAUCCUCAUUUGCAUUUGGAUCAACCAGUACAACUCCAGCAAUACAACCGUCUUUUACAUUUGGAUCGACAAGUACAGCACCUUCAACACAAUCAUCGACAUUUCCUUUUGGAGGAACAACUGCGACUACUUCAACUCAACCUCCAACAUUCGGAUUUGGUUCAACACCUGCUACUACUACUGCUACGGCUCCACCUACAACCACUUCUUCAUUUACAUUUGGUGCAAGUUCAUCGACGAAGACACCAUUUGGUACUAGUACUACCGCACCAACAUCCUUUGGAACGACAUCCUUUGGAAUAACACCAGCAACAACAGCAGCUGUACCUUCAACAGGUUUUUCAUCGUCAUCUCUUUUUACUCCAAGCAAUCCAUCAACAACACCUUUUGCAUCAGCCGCACCACCAACAACAAAUGCACCGGCGCCAACUCUUCUUCCUUUUACUAGUGCUCCAACAGUCACAACAUCAACAACAGCCGCAACUCCGUCGUCUUCUCUUUUUUCAUUUCCUACUCCUGCAAGCAGCACUAUUGCUGCUACUGCUACAACAACUGCUAAUACUACUGCUGCUCCUUCGUCAACAUUCUCUUUCUCAACAGCACCUGCUGUCACAAAAGCGUCAACUUUAACAUCUGCUCCAACUUUAACAUCUUUUUCAGUUGGUACACCAUCAACAACAUCGUCGAGUUCGACAGGAACACCAUUAUUUCCGUUCUCUACCCCAUCUGCUACUACAGCAACAACUUCUGUAGCUACUCAUUCGGCAACUCCGUUGUUUCCAUCAGUGACGUCUACUACAAGUACAGCUGUUCCUGCUGCUUCUACUACAACAACUCCUGCUACUUCAGUAUUCGCUCCUGCAACAACAACAACCGGUGCUACAUCAAGUGCUCCUUUGUCAUUUCAUCCUUUAGCAACAGCACAAUCAAGCCCUACUUCAGCUGGUUUUCAUCCUGUACCAACAGCAACAACAACAUCAGCAUCAACUUCCUCAUCAAAUAAUGCUAUUUCGAGUAUUCUUGCUCAACCAAUAACAACAACAACAUUUCCUAUAUCUACAAGUACAUCAAGUAUUUCCACAUUUCCUGUUGCAUCAACAACAACAACAAGUGGAUUUGUAGCACCGACAGCAAGUAGCGCAACAACAACUGCAAGUACUGGUAGCACAACAACAUUAUCAACUAUACCAACAAUAACUCCAGCAACAACAACAGGAACAACUAGUACUGGUCUUGGUGGUUAUUUUUAUCCUCCAUCAACAGUUGCAACAACUAGUGCAUCAACUGCAAGUACAACUAGUUUAUUGACAACACCAACGCUCGGUUCAACAAGUAUUCAAAAACCAAAAGAAUCAUCUGAACCAAUGGAUCAAUUAUUACCAUCACAAUUAAAUGAUCUUGUUGACAAUUUUAUUACAAUGUUAUAUGAAACUGAACAAUUAUUAACUGAUAUGGAACAUACAUCAACAAGCAAAUUUGUUAAUGUUCAUGAACAAAUUGUACGUGUACAACAACAUGUUUUAGAUAUUCAAAGUGAUGUUCAAAGAGAUGAAGCUACAUUUGCUCAAAUUAAUCAAGCAUAUCAACAAGAACUUUAUAAUGCAACUAUUUGUAAAUAUCUUCGAUCACUUCCAUUAGGUGCUGAUAUUGAAGAUCGUGUUGUUGAUAAUUAUUUGAUGCAAAAAGUUGAAGAUAUUAAAAUAAAUUAUAAACAAUGUCAAGAUGUUUUAGAUUGUGCUGAAAAACGUUUACAAACAAAUGGUUUAGGUGUUACUACCGAAGAUUUGGUUGCAACAGCGAAAAAUGUUUAUACAGGAAUGAUAACAGCUGGUUCAAAAGCUAAUCAAACGCAUAAAAUGGUCGAAGAUGUUAAAUAUCGUAUUCUUGGUCAUCAAAAUAAUUCUAACGAUUCUUAA